GUAUUUCUUUUUCCGAUGGCGGUGUAGAUGUUGUAGAAGAAAUUGUGCAGCACGUAAACACUUGAAGAAGUAGGAGAAUAUUUGGGAGGAGGUCAUCGACCAUGCUCGGUUUUAAAAGUAAGCCUCUAAUGGUAAUGAUGAUUACGUAUCGGCAGCGAUGAUAGUCAUGGCAGCUGUCAAAGAAGUGACUAUGAAUGUCUCUGCCUCUUUACAGUAGAAAUUAAGAUGAGUUCCCGCUCGUGCUCUAUUUUCCUGUAAAGAGUACUGUUCGAAGUAGUCCAAGACAAGGAGGCAGCUCUAGACUACUGCUAACUCUGCCCAGAAAAUGACGAGCGUCUACAAUCAGGAGCAGAACCAGGCGCGAAUCAUUGCCGAACUGCAGCGACUCCUAGCAGAAGAACGUCGGCAGAGAUAUGAAGUACUUCGUGUGCUUUUUGCUUUUCGAGUACUUGCAAAAUCACAUCACACUGCUUGCAUUCCUGAUUUCAAUUUUUUUCCGGUUUUGUGGUUGAAAAUCCAAACAAACUGUACUUCCCAGCAUCUGAACUUUCCAGGUGCAAGAGCGUUUGGAUUCGCAGGACGCGCUGGUCAAGGAGGAUUUGCGGUUGUUCCGGGAUGUUCAGCAGGAGGCCAGCGUGGACCGGGAAUUUCGGCAGCACCUGGAGGACCGUAUCUCCGUGCUGGCGACGCUGGGUGACCGGGCGGAGAACGCCCGGAAGAAGGCUUUGUAUCACGUGUUCAAGGGGACCACCGCGAGCGUGGCGAACGUGCUCUCCGUGGGCGGGUCCCACGUGAAAAAACAGCUGCUGGCCAUGGACGAGCCGGACCUCGUCAGUGAUGUCCAGGCGACGACCGGGGGAGCAGGGAUCAGCAUGCCUCCGUCCUCUGCGACGACCGCUAAGACGCCGCUGGAGCGAGUGGAGCACUGCCUGACCCGCGCGGAGACGUCGUUUGCCGCUCUUUCGGACGUGAACAUUCUCCGGACCAACCGGCUGUACGAGGAGGAGCUGGGGAAGCUGCGGAAAGAGGGGAAACAGCUGCUGAAGACCUGCCAGAACGUCAUGGCGCACAUCAACGACCUCGGGCGCGCCCUGGUGAAGGAGGAGCAGCUCGUGGAGAAGGCGCACGCGAAGCGGAUCUCGGUGCGGAACAUGGGGAAGCGACCCUUCUGGCAGGGGGAGUUCAUGGGGAUGAACCAAACGCUGCAAAACUUCAGUGCGAAUAUCAGUAGCUUCUCGGAGUCGUUGCAUUUCACCGAGCGCAUGCUGCUCCGGUUUAGCACCUCAAAGCGCGACAACGAGUUCUUCUACGACACGAAGUCGAAACAAAGUUCUACUUCCAAAGCCUCCUCGAAAAACUCCUUUCACCAAAAUAACUCGGCCGGGACGCCAGCGACCAACGUGGGCACAGCGGGCGCAAUGUCGACGGCGAAAUUGGUGACUGCGAUGGAGAAGGGAAUUAACGUUUCGACCCACCGGGCCCACCGGCGCACCGCCGAACUGUUUCGCCAGCCGGACCCGAGUCGCGGGAGCUACUCGGAGCGCGUGGACGCGUGGGGAAGUCCGACGAAACGAAAAUUGCUGUCACAACCGAAUUUAGUGGUCGCUGACGGAGGCGUGAGUACGACGGCGAACAGCAGUGAUUUGCAGCGCAGUCUGUACCUGAACGGAUACUUCACCACGAUGAACGCUUCGGUUGGCGGCGCUGCGAACCUUGCAUCGGCAAACGUCUCGAAGACCCCGACCACCGUCAUCAACGGCACUGCGACGCCGGUCAACGUCGGCCUGGCAGCGCAACAACAGCAGCUAGGCCAAGGCGUCACGCGCAUGAGUAUGCAGGGCUCCGUUGUGAACGGCAUCAACACGGCCACAUCUACUGUGCAACAAGAACGUGCGGUGCUAGGUAAUUCGUCCGACGGAGGAGCACCAACUGCUGGCGCUGCCCUUCUGGGAGCGACAAAUGUCGAAGUUGAUACCAAUGCAAAUGGAGAUUACACCAACACUCUCCAGCUGGACAACACGCGCAUGCAGCGGCUGACAACCAUUUCGAGCGCCGAGCAGCCAUUCGUCGACCGGCCUUUCGCAUCGGCGCACGAGGAAUUUACGUUCGAGCCCAACACGGGGGCGGGAAUGAACAAGAACCCAACGCUGUACUACGCCGAGAGCUUGGGAAAUUCGCAUUUCGACCUGAAUGUACCCGCGCACCACGGCGCGCCGCACCCAAACAGUGCGGGCACUGGUUAUGUUGCAGCGUCCGAAAUAAAGACAACCUCUGCACCAGCAUCGGGAGAAGUUCUUGCAGCUCCGGGCGGAAGCUCUUCCGAAGUAGACGACAAUCUUCGCCUCCAAGCCACUACAGAAGUUCCCCUGUUCACUCAACAGCGUCCAGGAUCUGCGGGGAAGAUCCGUUCGGUUGGAGUGGCAGCAGUCCCUGCGAAUUCAAAUUCUUCGUCGUCUUCCUUGUAUGUGACGCGCCCGGGUGUGACGGAGGGGCAAACUGAUCUGCACAGCAAGAUCUCAUCCACCGUGCCGACCUUCGAUCCCCGCGGCGCUUUCGACUACUUGGAAAACAAUAGCUCGAGCGCAACUACUUCCAGCGCUCACGCACAACGGAUAAACCCUAGCACAACAGGAGCUGGUGCUGCGAGUUUUUCCAUCGUGGAGAGGAUGCGACAGAAUCUGACCGAAAAAUCCAAGAUCUCGAAUCCUCCCUCUGUUGUGACCACGCCGACGGAAGAGCAAAGCAAAGCAGUAGGCACGACGAGCAACGCAACAGGCACGGGGUCAUCGUUCAAGAAACCCCUGCUGGCGAGCAACCCCUUUUCCAGUACACCGGCGCCCACGGGUGUUGCUGCGGAGCCGGCGACGGCUGUCGAUCGGGACAACAACGCGGGAGCUGCUGCUGGAGUGCCACCUUCGCAGAUGAACCUCUUUGAGGAUGACCAUUUCUUAUCGAAAACUCCGCAGCCCAACGGAACAGUUUUUCUCACAAACAUGAACAAGAAGACACCGAACACCAGCGGCUUGGCGUUAGACAUCAGGGACUUCAUCGAGGGUGAACUUUCACCUGAAAAGCGCCCGUCGCAGGCUGUAAAUACGACAAUUUCCGCUCCUGCAGCCGCUUCAUCGGGGGUCGAACAAAACGAAUCAGUCAAACAGUUUGCCGAGACGUUUCAACUGGACCUGCACAGCGCGUCUCCGCCGAAGUACCAAGAAUUGCUCGGAUACAGCAGUGCCAAUGCCGCCGUAGUAGAGCCAGUAGUUGCAGCGGGUAAUACCGCAUCACACAUCAAAUUCGAGCGUGCCACCACCCUGGGUUUGGAAGCCGCAGACCGGUCCAGCCGCGAGCUCUUUGAUUUGCAGCUCCCGGCCCAAAACGACUUUGACGAACCCUGAGAAGUGGGCUUCCUACGGGAGGACAAGUCAGGGCAUCGGAAGUGAGUUCAAGAUGAUCGUGAAGCAAGGAGACCGUUUCCGUUCAACUUGCUGCACCAUCCAAGCCGACUUUCAUUCCCUGAGAAAAUAAGACCAGUAGACGAAAUAGAAUUUAACGAUAGACAUUCAGUCGCGUAUCCGUUUCCUCCGGUUCCGUACCUACAACCUAAAUCAAUUACCUGCACUACGUAAAUACAAACGGAAAAUUGUUCCCUACCAAAGAUUAAAGAAAUCACCAAGUAAAAUAUCCAGUACAUUAUACAUAGUGCCACCGUUGUUUGACCUUGUUGAAAGACCACGUACAGCAGUUAGUUUCCGUUCGCUUGAAAGACUAGAAAAUUUGUUGAUAUGGUGCAGAUAUCUAGUUGAGGACUCUAUCUCUAUGUAUAUGGUCCUUGAUGUUGACGUCUUGCUUUUGCGUCCUGAAUGUAAAUCUUUGUUUCGUGCAAUUUCGUAGCUUUCUCAAAAAUAUGACUGCGAGAAACUACGCUAACAAAUGUCAUUUGUUGGGUUCCUACCCUGUAAGUAUGUGAUGAUCGACGCAAAAUAAGAAUAACCCUGUAAGAAAAAAUUUAGUUGCGCAAUGCCAAUGCUUAGGUGUAUCAUCACAAAAAUCACAAACGCAAGCGCACAGACACGACUGGACCUUGAGCCGCACGCUGACAAAUCGAAGAGAUGUAGUUGACUCAGCCAGUAAUUCUUGUGACUUUAAGCAGACUAUGGGCACGAGGAGACCAGUUUAUUUCUCGCUGC